ACCCGCAGGGCGAAAAAAAAUUCUAAGAGGGCAGCCGCUGGGAAUUUCUCCCACCUCCCCUCCCCCACACGAAGCGAAGCGCAACUCGGCAGCGGAAGCCGCGCGCGACGACGAUGGCCGCCGCCGCCGCCGACUACGAGUACCGCGCCUACGGGGCCCCCGCCGACCACGACCGCCCCUACCACGGCCGCGAGGUGGUGCCGUACGGGGACCGCCGCAUCGACGUCGUCGUCAAGCCCCCGGGCACCACCACCACCACCACCACGAGGUCGCCUCCGCCGCCGCUGCCGGUGACCAAGGUUGGGGGCGGGGGAGGAGGCAUGGGAUCCGCCUGGUGCUUCAGCGACCCGGAGAUGAAGAGGCGGCGGCGGGUGGCGAGCUACAAGGCGUACUCGGUGGAGGGGAAGGUCAAGUCCUCCCUCCGCAGGGGUUUCCGCUGGAUCAAGGCCAAGUGCUCCGAGUUGAUCCAUGGCUGAGCCGUGGGAUCUUGGUGGAGUUCAGUUUGGGUUGGAACACGAUACAAGCCUGCAACCAUGUGCAAGGAGUGUACUCGCUACUACUAAUUUUCUGCCAAAAAUGCGGAAGGAUUUGUCCAAGAGACCGAGGGGAACUGUUCUUGGGUGGUCAGGUUAUAGGAAAGGAAAAGAAAACUUGUUAGGAGCUUUCUGAUGAGAUUGCUUCUCUUGCCGAUGCUGUUGUUACUGUCUGCUAAUUCUAGCCUAAUUUUUUCAACAAUUUUCCUAAGAGGAGUUGAAUCUUCGCAAAGGAAUCGAUCCAUUUGCAUGAGACAUCGAUCGCUAUCUUGUUUGUCCGUGAUCUUGUGGAGGCCUAUACUUUGAUUUCGUACGAAGACCUUGCAAAUAACCAGGUCGUCGUCUUCUUCUUCUUCUUUUUCGUUAGUGUUUUGGAUUGGGACAGAUUACCAUUUGUAUAGCCUACGUGAUGAAGGCAUGAUCAAGCGAAUAGUUAGAGGAGAGGAAGGAAAAUCAUUUGAAUUGUA